CCGAUAUUUACUUGCUCCACAUCAUCUAUACAUACUAUGAAUCUGUAAUAUAAUGUGCUCGAAAAAUACAUGUGCCUUGUCUGCAGUUGGUCACAUGCAGUCGGAAAAUAAGAAUUUACAUUUUUUAGUCAUCGCAGAAGGACACGCUCUGAGCUUCUGAUAUAAAGCAUCCUCACACGGAUCCGACAGGGAGAAUGAGGGCUCAAGUAAAUUGGUGAUUGCUUCGGCGCCGAAAAAGCCAAGCGGUAGCACGGUGUGUGGCGGGAUGCGUCGGCGCAGCACGCCUGUCGAGCUGAACAGUCCAUGGAGCCCAUAUUGAGCCCGAUGUGGCCCUGGGCCGCAUGCGGCGGAUGCGUCCGCCCCGCGCACCUGGCGGCUACCGUGGACGUCGAGGGGCCAUCGGCCGCAUGCGGCAGAUGCAUCCGCCCAGCGCACCUGGCAGCUACCGUGGACGUCGGGGGGCCAUCGGUCAUGCGCAGAGGUCGUCCGUUGCCGGGGCAUGAGCUGGAGGGUCUAUGGAAUCGAUAUUGAGCAGGGCGGGGCCCGAUCUGGCCCUGGACCGCAUGCGGCGGAUGCAUCCGCCCAGCGCACCUGGCAGCUACCGUGGACGUCGGGGGGCCAUCGGUCAUGCGCAGAGGUCGUCCAUUGCCGGGAAUUGAGCUGCAGGGGUCUAUGGAAUCGAUAUUGAGCAGGGCGGGGCCCGAUCUGGCCCUGGACCGCAUGCGGCGGAUGCGUCCGCCCAGCGCACCUGGCAGCUACCGUGGACGUCGAGGGGCCAUCGGUCAUGCGCAGAGGUCGUCCGUUGCCGGGGCAUGAGCUGGAGGGUCUAUGGAAUCGAUAUUGAGCAGGGCGGGGCCCGAUCUGGCCCUGGACCGCAUGCGGCGGAUGCGUCCGCCCAGUGCACCUGGCAGCUACCGUGGACGUCGAGGGGCCA